AUGAGCGUCGGGGUCAACCAGCUGAUGCUGGCCAUGAGCUACUACCUUCUCGGCUAUGCGAUGCUGCAGGUCCAGGCCCCCGUGGCUGCAAUCGCUGGUGUCAUCAUCCUCACGGGCUCCGCCGAGGUGAUCGCACGCAUCGACCUGACCUUGCCUGUGUGGGACCAGCGGCUCAUCCAAGCGCUUCUCGUGUUCGGACCCACUGUGGCAUGCCUGGCCUCAUACCACUACGUCCAGCAGCAAGACAUGACCACCAAGAUCGCAGAGUGCCUGGCGCCCGUGGCCUUCAUCAGCCACGGCAUCGUGAUCGCGCUGAUGACGCUGGUGCUCUCCGUGCGGGAGCAGGAGAACGGCGCUAUGCUUCCUCUGGCGUUCCAGGGCGUCCUGUACCUCGACGUCUUCGGCUGGGUCUCGCACAAGCGGGCGCGGGACUCGGGCGACCCCGAGAAGCUGCCGCUGCGCGAGCCGUCCACGUGGAAGCUGGUCGGCCCGGGGCCAGGGGACGACGCCGAGCUGGCCACCGCCGAGCCGCCGAGCCGCACCACCAGCGCCAGGCGAGGGACGCUGGGAACCCCCGCCGGCCCCAGCGCGGUGGCGGCGGCUGGGCCGGGCCCGCCACUCGGCUACUUCGCCAAGGAGUACACGAAGCCGCCUGCGGAUGGCCUGUGCGUGCCCGACGCCGACACGGCUGGCGCGUCGGACGAGGAGGAGGAGGCCGAGGGCCACCGCGUGGCGCGGCCGGCCGCGUCCGCCGUCAGGUACGACGCGGCGGGUCGACCGCUGCCCUCGAGGCCCCUGGGCGCGGCGCCGGCGGCAGCGACGGAGGACAUGAGGCUCGUGGAGGGCGCGCCCCGCGCGUGGGACCACGUGAACGCCGUCGAGCCACCCGCGAAGGGGUUCUGGGACCCGGUGACCUUCAUGCCGCAGGGGAACCGCCGGCGCGAGAAGAUGGACUCGCUGAUCUCGGAGGCCCAGGAGCAGUCGCUCGAGGGUCAGGAACGCGCGUCCUUCUGGGGCUUCAAGGCCAGCCGUGAGGAGGAGGAGGACGAGGGCGUGCCGAUGGCGACGGGCCACGACAACGAGAUGCCAGGCGUGCUGCCGUGGCAGGUCUUCAGGAACGCCUCGUUCGUCAUCAGCCUGACCUGGAUCCUGGCGGGUGUGUACUACAUCCUCCACGUCACCGGCGUCUGGACCAUGGCGCUGCCCUGGAACGAGGCCUCGAAGGACGCGCCCGCCGAGGCGGCGGGAAGCCGCCGCUGGGGUGGCGGCUCAGAGGUGGUGCCGAGGCCCGGGGUGUUCUCCCUGCUUGCGGCGGGCGUGACCCUGGGAGAGGUCGGGCCCGAGGUGGAGCGCAUCGAGGCGCACUGGCCCUACGCCGACAUCCAGCCGCUGACCCUCGCCUGCGACGCGACGGGUCGGCGCCUGCUCGCCACGGACGGCCUCUCCAUCUUCGAGGCCACCCUGCCGGCCCCAGCCCCGGCCGCGGCCCGGGCGGCGGGCCGCCCCGCGCCGCGGCGGGCCCGCGAGCCGGCCUGGCCCUCGGCCAGGUUCCGGCAGGCGCCCGGCUGCCCCGCCCUGCAGGGCGAGGCGCUGCAGGACGUGGCCCUGCACUGCGGCGCCGGCGGCGGCUGCGAGGCGCUGGCGCUGCACCACGACGGCACUCGCCUCGCCGCGUGCCCCCUGGCGGCCGCGGCGGCAGGGGGCUACGUGGGGCAGAUCUCGCAGGGCUGGCUCCAGAGGCCCGUGCAGGGCGCGCACGGCCGAACGACAUGGCGCAGGGAGCAGGCCCGGUGGCUGCUGGUGGACCAGGCCUGCGCCGCCGCCGCGAACCGCUCCGCCGCCGACGAGCUGCAGCGCGGCGGCUGCGUCUCCGUGGCCACCACGCACGGGUCGGUCGCGCAGCUGGCCCGGCGCGCCUCUGGGCGCGAGCUGGCCCCAACGAGCGUCGUGGAGGUCCACGGCACCGAAGCACUUACCCAUGGAGGUCACCCGCGCGUUCAACGACCGCUACUUCGGGACCCUGCACUCGCGGCGCCACAGCAUCCGCGUGCUGGACGCGGGCAGCGGCGCCGAGGCCGAGGGGCCGCUCCUGCUGCCGCCCGAGGCCCCCGACGUCGGGGCCUUCUGCGUGGGCGGCGGGCACGUGUACCUGCUCGGCGGCGGCCGCAGUCCGGGCCUCUGGCGGUUCCCGCUGCCCCCGGCCCUGCGCUGAGAUCUCCGCAAGGGUCGUUCCCCUCUCCCCUUGGCAACCGCCGCGGUCGUACGGGCGGGGCGCGGACGGGCCAGAGGCUGCCAGGGAGCCGACCCUGCCCGUCGCGCCGAGAGGGCGCCUCGUGGCCGCGAGUCGCCUGGAGGGCGCCGGGCCAAGCAGCCCCGUGCACCGCGCGUUUGCGGACGGCCAGGAAAGUCAGCUGUCCUCCAUGCGGGAGCAGCUCGAGGAGUUUCGUGGCCAGCUCGCCCAGAGCGAGACCAGCAGGGCUGACCUCAGGGCCGAGCUGGAGUCGGGCAGGGCGCUGCACGAGUCGCAGAAGGUGCAGAUGUCCGGGAUCGAGGCGGCGCUGGCGGACCUUCGGCGCGAGCUGUCCGGCACCCACGAGAGCCACGCACAGGCGGCAGAGGACUUGCGUAGGGACCUGGCGACCUUCAAGGAGAAGGCGCAGCUGCAGAAGGAGUCGAACGACGAGGUUGCCCGGCUGCACCAGUUCUUCAUGCAGAGCGCCGGCGACCUGGGGCGGGGCAUCGAGGAGGUCUCCGCUGGGGUGCUGGCCUUGGAGCAGAAGUUGCGCCGCGAGACGGACCAGCGCCACCGUGCCCUGGAG